UCUGAAAAUUUAAACAAUUUUAAGUGCUAAUUAAUACACAAUAAUAUUAACAUUCAGAAGCAUCCUACUCGUACUAAUAAUCAUCAUGGACUUCAUUUUCAUUUCUUCAAACAUUCCUACAACUGUUCUAUUUUGUCUCUGUAUUUAUCUACUAGUUAGUUCUGGUGUAGCAACCUUCAAGAUGCCUGAAAAUGUGACGAUUCCAGCUGUGAUAGCGUUUGGAGAUUCGAUCUUAGAUCAGGGAAAUAACAACUACAUUCCGACAUUCAUAAGGGCAAACUUCCCUCCGUACGGGGUGAACUUUUUGGGUGGAAAAGCAACGGGAAGGUUCUCCAACGCGAAGACGCCUGUAGACUUGAUCGCUGAGAAAAUAAAUGUUAAGGAGUAUGUGCCACCAUACUUGGACCCGUUCAUAGAAGACGAAGAUCUGAUUACUGGUGUAAGCUUUGCCUCAGGAGCCACAGGACUCGAUCCUCUCACAUCAACCAUAAAUAUGGUCAUACCAAUGGUGGAUCAACUGGAAAUGUUCUCAAAUUACAUUAGGAAACUUGAGAUACUCGUGGGCAAAGCCGAAGCGAAUAUUAUUCUGAAUAACAGCUUGUUUUUGGUAGCAACGGGAAGUGAUGAUUUUGUUGAUGAUUACUUCACCUACCCGAUGAGGAAAAUUCAGUAUGAUUUAUCUUCCUACACUAAUUUUCUUGUAGCGGAAGCUUCCACUUUUAUACAGGAAUUGCACAGACUUGGAGCACGAAGGGUGGUUGUUAUGAGUUUACCUCCAGUUGGGUGUAUGCCAACUUCAAUAACUGUUAAUGGAGGCAAAAAUAGAUCGUGUUCAAUAAUGCACAACAAUGCAGCUAAGUACUUCAACAAGAAGCUGUCUGCUGAGCUUCAAUCUCUUAGAUCCGGAAACCCUCCGGUGAAUGUCGUCCUUGCUGACAUUUACACCCCUUUACUUGACAUAGUCAACAAUCCACAAUCCUAUGGGUUUGAGAUUGUGGACAGAGGUUGUUGUGGCACAGGAAAGGUAGAAGUGAGCUGGAUGUGUAAUGCAUUUGACGAUAUGUGCUCAAAUAUCUCUAACUAUCUAUUCUGGGAUAGUUUUCAUCCCACGGAGAAAGGUUAUAGGAUUAUCGUUGAUUAUCUUCUCGAAAGAUAUGCUGAUGAUGUGCUCCGCCUUUGAUUAGCACGCGACUUCAUCACUCGAGUCGUAUGCUUCUCUAAUAUACUUGUUUUCGGGUGGAUACCAAAUUCCACUUUCAUAACUUACGAGUUUCAUACACAGGAUCUCUAUAUAAAAGCUGUAAUAUUUUUUUGGUGUUAACUUAAAGGAGUUUCUUUAUCAUGGUUAUUGUUAGUUGCAUUUUUAGGCAUGUUUU